GCAAACCUUUGCUCUGGAGUCCCUUCCUGCAGAGGCCUCUGCAUAAGAGAAAAGGCGGCCAGGUGAGGUUCUCCAACGACCAGACCAUAGAGCUGGAGAAGAAGUUCGAGACCCAGAAAUACCUCUCUCCGCCAGAGAGGAAGCGUCUGGCCAAGAUGCUGCAGCUCAGCGAGAGGCAGGUCAAAACCUGGUUUCAGAAUCGCCGCGCUAAAUGGAGAAGACUAAAGCAGGAGAACCCUCAAAGCAAUAAAAAGGAAGAACUGGAAAGUUUAGACAGUCCUUGCGAGCAGAGGCCAGACUUGCCUAGUGAACCGAAUAAAGGUGCUUCCGUAGAGAGCUCGCAGUGUUCGCCCUCCCCUGUCUCCCAGGAAGACCUUGAAUCAGAGAUUUCAGAGGAUUCUGAUCAGGAAGUGGACAUUGAGGGUGAUAAAGGCUAUUUUAAUGCCGGGUGAUGAUCGCGGGCACUGACUUGUUGACAAAACCAGACUUGGAAGUAACGUUCUGCCACAGAAAGUUCGUGGAAGACCUGGAAUUCUCUCUGAGCAAAGGGAUCAAUUUUCCGGUAUUCUGAAAACCCAAAGUCUGUGGUGCAUGACCCAAUUAGUUUUGGUUAAUUAACCAACCUGCACUUGGACCUUAAUUUUGACUUAACAAGUGGUGUAUGGAUCGGUUUUAGGUUGUGGGGGGUAUGGUGACUUUGCAGUGGUUAAUUUCAUCCCUUUUUUUUUUUUUUUAAAGUAAAUGGUUAUUUCUAUUUAUGAAAAGGAAUUCUGAGUUUUUUUGUUUAAAUUUCAAAGUUAUAAAGGUUCUUGAUAGGAUCUUCUUGAAUGAGUUUUCUAUAAUUCAUAUCUAAAUCCCACUUAAUGGAAGAGCAAUGGGCACCCCAAAUCCAGAGGUAUCUUGGAACAAGGGGUUCACAAUUCUGGAAGCCUUGCAGUAUUUUAAAAGGAAGUCCGUACUUCGAAAUGACAUUCUACUGCUGUCUUAAAUCCCACCGUCAGAGCUCUGUCUCUGGGAAGCAUGUUCUCUUUGUCAGAAAGGUAUUGAGAAGACUUGCAGAUGCUGGGUUUCACUACCCCUUAGGGCCUGUUUGACGGAGGUGUUAGGGGACUGUACCAAUGCAAGUGGAGAAACUGACCUGAAGACCGAAAUGAAUCCCAGAUGAACUAGAAGUUGCAGGUUAAUUAAAUGUAAGUAGAUUGUAGAUACUGUGUUUUAUAUUAAGCACUGUUUAUAACGUGUAUAUAGAAUCGUGCACUGUAAAAAAUAUUAUUCACUCAUUAAAACCCCUUUUUUAAUGAA